GUUUAGUAAAGGAAUCUGAAAGAAGUGGCCAAAAUUAUCCUUGGGUGCUAAUUCACCCUUAGAAAUGAAAAAAAAACAAACCAAAUCAGCAGCUUGAUUGAAGAGAAGAGAACCCAGUGCUUCUGCCCAGAGAAAAGCAGGAAGAACUCAGCCAUGACCUGUCCUGUUUGCCAUCAGACAGCUGAUGGUGAACACCACUACCAGCUUACCAAUCAUGGUGUCUAACUCCAGAGCUUGUAGAGUAGUUUUGACUGGACAGCAAGAUUGAUUUAUUUAAGCUGCUAUCAAAAAUUAAACUUCUUUAUAUCACAAAGUAUAUUCUAUAAAAUGAAUUUAUUGUAGGUCCCUGAACUCGAGGAAUGGAAUGUGUAGAACCAGCAGGUCGUUGCAGAGAGGAGAGAACAUACCCACAUGGACAAGCUCAAUCUUGCCAAGCAGCCCUGCUUGUAGGCUGGAGGUGACCCUCAGCAGUGUGCUGAGUGUGUCUUGAGGGAUGGGCAUUGCAGUGUUUCCUUAGCAGCUGAGGGUGUUCUGUGCCAGCCUUCACCUUGAGCAAACUGUACAGCAACAACAAGCAUUUUACCUACCAGCAAGAGAUCCAUCAGGAACCUAGUUCUGCCAUUCUAGUAGCUGUACAAUAGGAAAGCACUGAAACACCAUCAUGAUUAGGAGUCCUGAUCUGGACUCCUUUGUUUGCUCUGCUGUAUGUUCAAAACCACCACCACCACCACCUUCCAAGGCUACUUGUGCUCGGAUCCGGGAGUAUCAGCCCUUCAGAACGCGCUUUUACACUCAUCGCGAUAUCCUGGAGAUUGGAGCAGACAUUCAGCGUAAGCAACAGGAAAAGGAGGCGGCAGAGAUGCAAGAAUCCAUUGCAAAAAUGAAGGCUGAACUUUGGUCUCAGGCUGAAAUGCACAAGGAAGAUGCAGUGGAGAAGGCUCUCAAAGAGGCAGCUGCUAACCACAAUGCUAUUGUACAAGGCCUUAAAGAAAACCUUGCAAAGGAAUCAGAGGAAGAAGUGAGGAAGGCAAAGGCAGAGAUGCAGCAGUACAUGGAGGAUGGGUGGAAGAGAGAGGUUGAAGCUGCAGAGCAGCGCAUGGCUCACAGGCUUCAGCGCGCCCUCACGGAGUCUGCCCGGGAGCAUAAGCAAGUGGUGGCCGAAGCCAGGAAGCAGGAGAGGGAGGCAGUCCUGGAGGAAGUAGCGAGGCAGCACAGAAAGCACUUGGAGCAACUCAAAGAAGAAAGUAAGUUAGCUGAGGAAGUGUAUCAUAAGAGCAUAGAGGAAUUAAAUGUAGAAAAACGUCGUGAGCUCGAUGUUGCCCUGAGUGUUUCACAGAUAGAAAACCAGAUUGAGACUGAGAAGAAGCUCAGAGAAGCAGAAAGCCUGCAUCUUGAUGAGAUGGGGAAGGUGAUGGCUGCACUGCAAGCAGCAGAAGAGCAGGUCAAGACUCUCAGGCAAAAACUGGAGAAGAUGACAAACUGGAAGGACAGCCUGGAAGCUGAAAUAGAAGCAACAAGACAAGCUUUUCAAAGGAUGUCUGCUGACCAGGCUGGCAGUGCCAUCAACAGCAUCAUUCGUGCAGUCAGCCGAGAAUGCGCUGCCCAGGGCCAGGCUGUCUCGGAGCCCUUGGUGGUGUUCCUGGUGAGAGCUGUUUGUUUAGAUCCAAGAAAUAACUUUAAUGUGGAUCAAAGCCUUACAGAAAGAGAUGUGCAAAACCUUAUCCAGCUCUGUGUUUCCAGGCUGCUUGACACAUCAAACCCAUCUCUGAGCACAAUGAAGAUGCAAGUUUACUUCGAUUUGAACUAUACAGACCGAGCUGGAUUACUCAGCGAGCAGCAGUGUGUUCUGGCAGGAAGACUGGCUCCUGUGGUCAGAGAUAUCACAGGCAGUCAUCCUCAUGUGCCAGAAGAGAUGGAGAAUCUGUAUCAAAAGAUCAUUAGCUACGUGCUGCUGAGCUCUGGCCUGGGAUCCCCAACAGAUAUUGGUGUUGUCAGGGAGGUAUCAGCUGCCCUGCAGAGUGUAUUCCCCCAGACAGAGAUGUUCACUUUCGUCUCACUCGGUAAGAAGAAGAAAGAGCAGCAGCUGCAAAAUCUUGCCAGGCUAGUCACAGGAAUUCGGUUGUACAACAAGGAGCUGGGAAAAGGAGGACGCAGCAUUGAUGACUUGCCAGCCAUUCUGAAUGAAGCCAUCCCAGCAGCUACACAGACCGUCGAGGAAGCUCUUCAUACGUGCCACAUGCUAGCCUACCAGUACACAGCUCUGUUGGAAUCCAUGCAGGAAGACCAGCACAGAUACACACAGCUUAGUUCUUUUAAGUUAAAAGAAGCACUGUUCAAUGUGAGACAGCAUGAAGCCUUCCUCUGCAUCCUUCUGUCUGAUGCAGUUACAAGUGCUCAAGAAACUGAGAAGAAGAUUGUGCAGUUUGCAGCAACCAUGGAGCAGCUGAAAAGCAGAGUGCAGAAUAAGGUUUCCAUAAAUACCAAAGAAGUUUUUCCACUCUUUGUUGAACUCUCUGACCUCUGGACCAGCUUUCAGAGUGAGAUACUACUGCUGAACUUCCUCACAAAUAUGACCAAUGACCUGCAACAGUUCUCAGAAAUCCAAUCCCAGCUCUUUCCUGAGGAAGUGCUGACAUCUCUUCUGGAAGGAGUAACUGUGAAAACUGAUGAGGAAAGGAGAAGAGAAACCAUGGGUAGCAGAGUGAAUGUUUCUGAUUUCAAGAACCAAGAAUGGCUUUUUCCAGAGACUACUGAUAAUUUUGAUCAGCUGCUAAUCCAGUAUCGUGGCUUCUGUGCACAUGCAAUUGGUGUGAAAGGCUUCACCCUCCCAGGAAAUCCUGCUAUUGGAAUUUUGAGGCACAGAGAGAAAUGUUAUGUUUUCAGUUCCAAAGAAGCUGCCUACUUCUUUGCUCAAGAUCCAGAUAAGUUCAUUCAACUGAAUGUGGCAAAGGCACAGGAAUAUGCAGAGCUAAUUCAGCUGCUCGAGCUUCACCAUCAGUUUGAAUACCUCGCUCCAUAUGCACAGGCCAGAAAAGCAAACAAGAGUUUGAUGAAACCAAUCCUAAAACGUGACAGUAGUACUCAAACUGAUACCCAUAUCUUACCACCAACUAUUGUGCCAUCCUAUGAAUGGAAUGAAUGGGAGCUGAGAAGAAAAGCUGUGAAAUUGGCCAAUCUGCGCCGCAGGUUAACUCAGGCCAUGCAGACUGAUGUCAGCCAGAUGAGAAGAGACAGCUGCACCCAAGUGUACCUGCCCAAAGAUGCUGGCACCCAGACGAAGCGUGACAGCUCCAGCAACGUACCCAGACCACAGGUUUUCUUGGCAGGUCUUCGAGGAGGAUCAUCCUCUACUACUCAAGUGGUCAAAGUAGAUUUAACAAGAGCAGUAGAUGAAACUUAAGUGAAGCUGGAAAACCUAGAAGAUAUGAAUGUAUGUAUGAAAAUUCCUGCAUAUGCCUGAAUUGAGAUUAGUAGAAAAAUACUUUACUGUG